AUGACGACCAUGGAUUUGCGUGUGGGUAACAAGUACCGGAUUGGCCGCAAGAUUGGAAGUGGUAGUUUCGGUGAUAUCUACCUUGGCACCAACAUCAUCUCUGGCGAGGAAAUCGCCAUCAAGCUGGAGAGUGUCAAGGCCAAGCAUCCCCAACUCGAGUAUGAGGCUCGCGUCUACAAGUCUCUUGCUGGCGGUGUUGGAAUCCCAUUCGUUCGCUGGUUCGGUACCGAAUGUGAUUACAAUGCCAUGGUGAUCGAUCUCCUGGGUCCCAGUUUGGAAGAUCUCUUCAACUUCUGCAAUCGCAAGUUCUCACUGAAAACCGUCCUGCUUCUGGCCGACCAGCUCAUCUCUCGCAUCGAGUAUAUUCAUGCUAAGUCCUUCAUUCACCGUGAUAUCAAGCCGGAUAACUUCCUCAUGGGUAUCGGUAAGCGUGGAAAUCAAGUCAACGUGAUUGAUUUCGGUCUGGCCAAGAAGUACCGGGACCCCAAGACUCACUUCCACAUUCCCUACCGUGAGAACAAGAACCUUACUGGUACGGCCCGUUAUGCCAGUAUCAACACUCACUUGGGUGUUGAGCAGUCCCGCCGUGAUGAUAUGGAGUCCCUUGGCUACGUUAUGCUCUACUUCUGCCGCGGCACCCUCCCCUGGCAGGGACUGAAGGCGGCUACUAAGAAACAGAAGUACGACCGCAUCAUGGAGAAGAAGAUGACCACGCCGACCGAGGUUCUCUGCCGUGGAUUCCCCAACGAAUUCUCCAUCUACCUGAACUACACCCGUUCUCUGCGUUUCGAUGACAAGCCCGACUACUCGUACCUCCGCAAGAUCUUCCGUGACCUGUUUGUCCGCGAAUCCUUCCAGUACGACUACGUGUUCGACUGGACCGUCUACAAGUAUCAGAAGAACGCCGCCAUGAUCGUGGACGCCAGCAACAAGAAAGACAAGGAGGCCGAGGAACAACAGCGCCGCCAGGGCGUUGCCGGUGCCCCGAUGGGCACUCCCGGUGCCGCCGCCAAGCCCGGUGGUAUCUCGAGCCAGCGUCGCAAGGUCAUCGAUCGCGGCACCCUUGACAACACUCCGGACACCAACCGUGCCGUGGGAGGGAGUGAUAGGAUGCUGCGUUCUGCUUCCAAGGUUGCUUCAGGUGCUUAUGGCCCUGCCGGUAGCCGCGCGAAGCGGGACGAUGGGUACGGUGCUCAGUGGUACUAA